GUUUACGAAAAAUGUUGACGUGUGUAUGCUCGUAAACAAGCGACAACACUGCGCGAUGUUGGCGAGUUCCACGCUGUCCGUCGUCGGCAUUCGGUGCGAGGAUUAGCCUUGAGCAGCCAUGAGUCCUCCGAGGCCGGGGGGAGGCGGCGAAGGCUACGUCUUGCUGCGCAGCGACAUCGUGUUCAAAACGCUGCAACGGAAAGACUCGGUGCUGUUCGACAAGCUGGUGCGACAUGGGUCGCUCACGGACUUCGUGCUGCCCGACUCCGACGACGGCAUGACCUUGUUGCACCUCGUCGUCAGCGUGGACGAGUUCUCGGCCGAGUUCCUCGACAAGCUUCUCGACAGCGGGGCAGACCCGAACGCGGCGAGCGCGGACGGUGUAACCGCCCUGCACAUCGCCGCUGCCUCGGGAAACGAAGAAGCGCUACGACGACUCCUCGGGCGAGGCGGUGACCCCUGGCGGUCGCGACCCCACGGGCAACGACGUGUUGACAUCCUCGUCGCGAACGAACACUGGGACUGUCUCAGACUUGAACGACGCUUCCGUUGUUUCGACAUCGUCGCGGACGUUUCGCCGUGUGUCUCAACCGCGUCAGACGUAAGCACCGAAACAGAGUCUCUUCUGAACACUGCCUUCGUGUUCCCGCACCCUUACCUAUCGCCCGUCUACGUGGACGACGAGAGACCUCGGCUUAGAAGGCGUGAGCGAGGAACCGCAGCGGACGAUUGUGACGCCGCCCACAGGGACAAGUCUGCGUGGCCGGCAACGUCUGAGUCUUCAUUCGAAGACGGCAGCAGGAGCUACAACGGCAACGGCGAAGUCGCCAACCCGACCGACGAUUCCUCGUGGGCGUCGUCCAACUUGUCGCAGGAGCUGUUGCGACUGAGCGACGAGGAACUUCGAGAGCAGCUCGCCGCCUGCUGCGGUCACGACGUCGGACCGGUUCUCGACUCGAACCGCAACGUCCACCGGCACGCGCUCGCCCACUACAGGCUAGGACCCCGAGCGCGAGUCCGGCUCGCCUCGCCCGACGCGUCCUACGGAUCGGCUUCCAACGGCAACGACAGGGCAGGUCUAGCGCGAACGUGCGACUUCUGCGAGGUCGUCCACAGGGACCCGGACACCGGGUUCGUUCUCAAGGAAGAGCACUACCACUCGUCCUCGGAGGCUGACUCGAGCGGCACCACGGGAGCGAGCAGCAGCGGCCCUGAGAACGACACCGUAGUCGUGCCGCCAGAACUGGCGUGCCUCACGAACGAACAGGUCUUUGCAAAGCUCAGAAGUCUUGGCGACGCGCCGGGACCCGUGACGGACGGUACGCGAGCGGUGUACUUGAAUCGGCUCGCCAGACUGACGUUGGGCCUCGCGACGCUCCACAAGUCCCGCGACGUCGUGCCCCCGGACAUCCACACGCUGGUGCUGAACGCGGCCAACCUGGACGCCUACGCGGAGCUGGAGGUCGCCAUGAUGAGCGACUUCGACGCACCCCGACCCAACAGCUACUGGAGGGAGGGCAACGCGAAGGGCUCCUUCACGUACCUCCUCCUGGACACCAGGGUCACCCGAAACCUGCCCCUGAGGGCCCACGGCUUGACCCUGGCCGAGCGCAUGGCCGACUUCCUGAAGGCGGUCUUCUACGUCGGCAAGGGCAAGCGGUCCAGGCCGUUCAGCCACCUCUAUGAGGCCCUGCUUGUCCGGAAGGGCAUGGACAAGUCGUCGCAGAAGAAAGAGGUUGAGAAGACCCGAAAGAUCCUGCAGAUCUGGGACUCGAGGAACGGCGUGGUCUCCCUGCACGUCUUCCAGAACACCCUGGCCGUCGAGGCGUACACGAGGGAGGCGUGCAUGAUCGACGCAAUCGGCCUGCGCCGGCUGACAAACCAGAAGAAAGGAGACGUGUAUGGUGUCGUCCGGUCUUGGCCAGAGAAGAAGCGACGGAAGCUAGGGGCGUACCUCGUGUACAAGGCGCUGAACAUAUUUCUCAGCGAAGGUGAACGACACCUGGGACCGCUGGACUUGUGAUGUGUGUACUUCGGCAGUAUGCCAGAUCGUUCAGGCGCAGGCUUCAGUGCCACUGUGAGAACACCAGUGCUUUUUGUUAAAUUCUCAUGCAACUUGAAAACCCGGGCUCAGUUUCAACAUUGGAAUGUGUGCAAAACAGUUUCGAUCAAGCUUUUGUCAUGACGUUGUUUUAGUUUUUUUUUUUCUUAUCGUUUUUAUACCAUACCCGUGCAUAGCUGCAGAGAAAGUUUUAUUCUUACAAGCUUUUAAAAAAUUUUAUACAGACUGUGUACAUUUCGGCUCCCCCUUCCACGCAACUUCGAGAGAGCUUCAUCAUACCGUCCAUUGCGUACUUCUUGUGUCACUUUUGUUGGAUUUUUGAAACCGACAAUACACACACUGUGAUGUGAUCUUUUCAUUGCUCUUCCUGCAUUCUCUGGUCGCGGUUUUUUUUUUUUUCUUUUCGUCUUUUACCGUGGACACCAUGCACAACUAACAGCAAAACUUUUAUGUGCAAUUUCUUUUAACCUCUAACUCGGCAGAUAAACAUCCCGAUCAAAUUGGCUGCUAGUCGCAUGUAUCGUCUUCAGAGAGCUGCUAUGAGUGUUAUGUGUUGUAUUAUUUCACUUUUAUUUAACGACUUGGACACAAAGUUAGUGCUUUGUAUGGUGAUUA